GCUGCUGACACACACACACACACACACACACACACACACACACACACACACACACACACACACACACACACACACACCAGUGCUGUUAUAGAUAUUAUUAUUUAAUCACAUCGUUUCAUAUUAAGCGCAGUUUUACAUCGUGUGUGAUUUAGAGUCGUUUUUUUAGCCUGUUAGCUUGGUGACGUCACGGCAGCGCUCGAGCCGAUCGGACCGCUCUGAUCCCGCCCCCUGUGUGCGUGUGACGUCACGGCAGGACCCUCACGCGCCGUGCGCUUGCUUGUAAACAGAUCCUCCCACGUGACCGAGUGAGCAGCAGCGCUCGAGCGCACUCGACUCCCGCAUUGUGCUCUCUGUCCGAGGGACAAAAGGCAAGAAGGGGAGAAAAAAAAAAAAACACAAACAAACGAAGCAAAGUCUUUAAAAACAAAGUGCUCGGGAGAACAAGUGGAGAGGAGGAGAGCAGUGAGGAAGAGGACGAGGAUGAAGAGGGACAGGCUUCAGAAUCACGAGUGUGCGCGAGAUGUUUCGGUUCAUCCGCGGCUGCUUUGUAGUUCACACGGUGUUUUAAACUAGCGUGACGUCAUAACGGAGACGUUAUACCACGUCGUCAUCGAGCCGAAUCUUUAUUAUUGUUAUUAUUAUUAUAGUUACAGUAACGGGUUUGUUUUGAAGCCGAUACUUUAGCCGUUAGCUCACCGUUAGAUGUCAUUCACAAUGGAGGAGUCUUUGGAGUGCGGCUGGGUCUCAGUGAGGCCGAACGUGUUCGAGGAAAAAGACAAGCACAAGUUCGUCUUCAUCGUGGCCUGGAAUGACAUCGAGGGCAAGUUCGCGGUCACCUGCCACGACCGAACGGUGCAGAAGCGCAGCGCGGCGGCGCGGGACUCGGUGUCCGAGCUGACGGAAGGCGCGCGGCUUCAAGACAAACGUCCGGUGGCGUCGAAGAGCACGAGAGAAAAAGCCCCAGAUAAAUCCAAGCCCACGCGAAGCCCGAGCAGAACCGCCGCGCUGGCGGACAUCGAGGUUCUCGAGCCCGAGGCCCGUUUUCCGGACGACACCGAGGACCCGGACACCGGCGUCCCGAUCGGCGGUGACUCGAGCUGGGCCGGUUUGUUCUCCUUCCAGGACCUGCGCACGGCUCACGGGCAGCUCUGCGCGGUCAACUCGGACCUCGAGCCGUGUCUGCCUCCGUUCCCCGAGCAGGAGCAGCAGUCGGCCGUGUGGUCGGUGCUGUUCGGCGUCCCGGAGGUCACGCGUCGGGACACAGAGGCGCUUUGCUACCAGCUACAGGUGUACCUGGGGCACGCGCUAGACACGUGCGGGUGGAAGAUCCUGUCCCAGGUGUUGUUCGCGGACGGAGACGACACGGAAGAGUACUAUGAGAGUCUGAGUGAGCUGCGGCAAAAGGGCUAUGAGGACGCGUUGCAGAGACAAAAAAAGCGUCUGCACGAGUUGUUGGAGAAGCAGCGAGGCAUGGAGCGCAUGGUGGAGCUGCUGCAGUUGUACUCGGAGCAGGACGAGGCGUACGGCGAUCUGGUGGAGGCCACCACCGAACUCUACCACUACCUGCUGCAGCCCUUCAGAGACAUGCGAGAGCUCGCCAUGCUGCGCCGACAGCAAAUAAAGAUCUCCCUGGAGACGGAUUAUCUGGGUCCGCGUCGAAUCGAGGCGCUCAGGAGGGAGGAUGAGGAUUGGCAGAGGAAGGCUCACACCGCAGUGCUGUCUAUCCAGGACCUCACUGUGAAGUACUUUGAGACCACAGCACGGGCACAGAAAGUGAUGUACGAGCGCAUGCGGGCCGACCAGAGGAAGUUCGGGAAGGCGGCGUGGGGCGCGGCGGUGGAGCGCAUGGAGAAGCUCCAGUAUUCUGUUUCCAAGGAGACACUGCAACUAAUGCGUGCCAAGGAGAUCUGUCUGGAACAGAGGAAACACGGGCUGAGAGAGGAGAUGCAGGGGCUCCAGGACGGCGAGGACGCGAUGGCGCGUCUGGAUCGGUUAGAGGCGUUAUACUACGAGUUGCAACUGCAGCUCUACGAGAUCCAGUUCGAGAUCCUGAAGUACGAGGAGUUGUUGCUGACAGCGCAGCUGCAAAGCCUGCGCAGACAGAUGUCCGAGAGGCAGGACGAGGUGGUUUACUACGACACAUACGAAAGUCCUGACGCCCUCCAGGCCACCGAUGAGGUAUCUCUCGCUCCUGCACCUCUGAGAGACGAAGUCACCCAGCUGCAGCAAAGGACACGGCAGCUGGAGGCUAGGAGAGGACGCAUCACUGCCAAGAAAGCCUACCUCAAAACUAAAAAGGAAAUCUGCAUCGUCAAUCACACCCAGAAACUGCAGCACCGCCAGAGCGGUCAGGACCACGACUCCCAGCAUGCUUUGCAACAGCAGGAUGAAGAGGAAGAGGAAGUGAGGAACACACGAGUCAGCCAAGAGAGACAGAAGACAUUGGACAGGCUGCGCAGCUUUAAACAGCGCUACCCCGGUCAGGUCACCCUGAAGUCCGCCCGGCUCCGGCAAGCACAUGCUAGAAAGAAAAACGGCGCUGCUCAAGCGACUACGAAAGCGAGUCAGCCCCAGACGCAGGUGGCAAGCGUGCAGACGGACGACGCCCCGGCUUCUCUGAAAGACUCCACCGUCGUCCCGGGGCUUCAGAGACCAGAAGGAUUCAUGUCUUUACCCUCAAACAUCCCGCCCGUUCCAGAAACGCUCGGGCCGUCGUCCCUGCCCACGCUCACAGAGCGCAACGUUCUGGACUCAUCCACAUCUCCGAUCUCUCCCCCUCCUCCACCACCUCCUCCUCCUCCACCUCCUCCACCUUCUCUGGAGGACAUGUCCACACCCGGACAGGGACAAGAGGGCAGCCCCGUGUCCCAACCCAAAGCGGAAAGUCCUCUCGGGCCGUUCACCGCUCGCUUCUUCGACAGCAGUCAGCUAGUGAACGCACGCAAAAAGCUGAGAAAGACGUCUUCUCUGGAGUCUUCACAGUGGCGGAGAGCGUCCUCUCCUAUGGAUGAAGUCCUGGCCAGCCUGAAGCGUGGGAGCUUCCACCUGCGCAAGGCGGAACUGCGCGUUCUCGCUCCAGACCCGGACCAGGACGACGGGAACAACAUCCUGGCUCAGAUCCGACGCGGCGUGAAGUUAAGGAAGGUGCGGCAUCACGAGCAGCAGCGCUGUCCAGAAUCCAGUGACCCGCUCACGCGCAGCAUCCACGAAGCCCUGCGCCGCAUCAAAGAGGCUUCACCCGAGUCCGAGUCUGAGGACGAGGGGCUGCCGUGCACCGACUGGGAAAGCUAGAUCACUCAGUACACACACACACACACAUUCAUAUUCCAACAUACACACACACCUUAGUGCACACACGUCAUUAGUGACCAGUGAAAUCUCAACGCAGCACCGCUCGGGCUUAUCAAGGCCGUCAAGUUUAUUAAGAAAAAGCAUUAAAAGUGUUGUUUUGUAGUCGUGUGCCCAGGAACGUGGGCCUUGGUACAAACUGCUGUCAGGCUCAGACCACUGACCCGCUCACCCACACGGCUUAAAAAGCACAACCUUCAUAUGUUCCGUCUCGUCUCUCUUUCUAUGCCUGUUUCUCUAUCUCUCUCUCUCUCAAUCGCUUCUGGUUUCAUCCAGCCGUCGGUUUUAGCCGCUGUUUUUGUUUGUUGGUUUGUUUUUUUCCUAUUUUUGCGGCCCCAGAAGACGAUACCACACUUCUCCAUCAAACGAACGAAUUCGUUUACAAUUCAUCGAUCGAAUCCGAAACGAAACACAAUCAUUCCCGUCAGUCGCUCCGGUGCGGUCCGGCGAUUAAAAUUCCUGACGUUUAUAUUCCCGAAGCGAGCCGUGUAACCUCGGCGUCUCUGAAACCCGUGUUUAAGGUUCUUAUGCGGUUCUUUUUCUCCCGUUCCCAUUUCGGAACAUGUUGCAUUCCCCAGGCUUUGCUUUCCUCUGCAUGGUUAAGAUGGAAAGCUGCAUUCAAAUUUUUUUUUUGGUAGAUUUUCUCUCCUUUUCUCCAGCUUGGUGACAGUUGGAGAAACCCACCGUGUGUGUAGUGAUGCACUGAUGCCACCUACAGCCAACAGUUCACACCUCACAAGUGCCGCUUUUUUUUUUACCUUGAUUUGUUUUGUGUGUGUUUCUUUACUCAUAUGAAGUAUUUACUUUUAGAUCGCUGUAGACUUUUUUUUUCAUCUAUUCAUAUUAUUCACCAAGUCCAUAAUGUUUGUGCGAGUGUGUGUGUGUGUGUGUGUUUUUAUACAUUAAUUAUAGAAGUUGCACAAGCACAGUACAUCAAUGAGUACACGAGUAAGUUUUUUUUUGUAGUUAUCAUCCACUUUCUUUUUUCAUUCUUUCUUUCUUUUCUUUUCUUUUCUUUAUUAUUGCGAUGUAAGGGGGGGGUUCUGAUCAACCUACUUAAUUCAGAAGGAACGGUUCAGGGUUGGUUUUGUGCAGCCAAUGACAUGAAGAAGAGACUAGAGGUAACUUAUUUCACUAGUUACAGAAGUUCUCCAAAAAGUUUCAAGCAGCAGCUUGUGAAUUCUACAGCCCUCUGCUGCCUGUUAGCGGAAUUACAAUCGCAGGUAAAAAAAAAAAAACUGACAAGCUUUCAUCUACUUUACAACAAGCCCCGCCCCCUGUUUCAUGAGUUUUCCUUUCAUUUUUCCUUUCUUUCUUUUUUUAUUUUUGGUAAGUGCAGGAACUAAUUUCCAGGCCAGAAAAACUGAAGCUUGACCAAAGACGCUAACAAGAGCCAAUCUUUUUCCUCUGAUCGUUAUCAGAUAACAUGCCGAAACGAAUCAACACACGAGGCCGAUUUACUCGUUCCUCGCAGAUUAUUCCGUAUAAACCGUGUCUUAUGCGUUGCAAACAUAUCACACGGAGUAGCUAGCAAAUAUCCGUCUUAGCUAGCUACCGCAUAUCGGACCAACUUUUUUAUAAAUGAUCGUGUUUAUCGACGAAACGUAUCAGAACUUUCUGAAGAGCUGUCGUAGCUGUUAAUGCCUCGGUUGCACUGAACAUAACUCCUUCUUUGGGUCCUGGUGCGAUCACGUUAUGUCAGAAUUCUGGAAAUGAUCUUCAUGAAACAAGGUUCCUUUAACUCAUGAGUUAACAAAUCGUUUACCUCAGCGUUAACAAACCUCAUGUAAUGUUGACUAAUUAAUCUAACUAACUCGUGAUUUAAUAUGUGGUUAAUUAACGUACAUCAUCAGUGAACCCACAGCUUUUUUUUAUCAGCAGUAAAUUACUGACAAAACACUUUUCAGUUAACGUAAGUGUUAACUUCACUCGGUCGCAAUACGAUUAGCUUAUUGAGGCUCGGUUUAUCAUGUAUUAAUGUUAAUUAACACGCUAGAUAAUGUAAAGUAAGGGAAUCUACACAGUGUUACCCUUUAACCAAUGUCCAGUAACCUUGGGACCUUGAAAAUUGAACCUAUAGAAUUAUGGCGAAUUAUCCGUGUACACUCUGGCUCCUAGAUUGUCGCUUGUGAGUGAAAGUAUAGAUGGAAGUAUAUCUGGCCAAAUUGGAAAGAAAUCCGUGUGAAUGUUGUUUAGUUUAAGUUACAUGCUAAGUUUCACCGACCGAAGACAUUUACAUCUGGCCACAUAAACGCGUCUCGGCGAAUCGGAUAUCGAUCCGAUCUUUCUACUCCCGCCCAGAAUGCAAAUAUAUUUGACCUCAUUUCCGGGGUAAUUGAAACGGAACACGCUUUGGUGUGUGUGGUUUUCAGAAAGCAAUCAAAAAGAAGACGUAAAAACUGGUUACGACGUUUAUGCUACACAAAAACAGCGUUUACUGUUUGCUGCGUUUUCGCUGCCGGCAGCAGCGCAUUUUAAGACCCGACGAGACGCCUGGGAGAAAGAUCACCUGCGAGUGACGUACUUCUGUUUGGGAGGAGUAUAGCGCUGACGUAUGUGGCUCGAACAACCACAUUCAUUUACACCUGUCCAGUUUCAUCUGAAAUGCGUCCCAGACCUCCUCCUGAAGGGGUUCGAACGAUCAGAUUCAUAUCCGUCUCAAAACCGUUUCGGAGGGCAUUUAGACCUGGUCUUUUUACCGUCGGAUAGUUAUCGGAUCACAGAAAACGCAGGAAGUGACCAGGUGUAAAAAGCCCCUCAGUGUUAGAAAUGAGCCACAUUCGCAGCUCACUCGACGGCUUGCUCGCGUGAACACAGGGUCGCUGUGAGCUACCGGAAUUCUGACAUAACACAAACGCACUUAUAAUCCCUAAAACCUUUCAGCCAGUUCCUGCAGAUUUGUUUUCUCCAAACUUUUCUGUUUUUCGCUAAUUAAAAUCCCGCCAGUUUUAACACCUCCUCAGCUUUUCCGUGGCAAUUCCGUGUUUACGAGCGGAGGUUUUAUCCAGCUGCCUGUUUCGGUGCUGCCUACCGAACACCACGUGCAAUCAGCCAGCUAGUGCUGUGUUCUCGUACGACGACAGGAACAUAACAUAUCGCUCUGUAACUCUGUUGAAGGUAUGCGAGCCGAUCCGAAGUCAGUCGAUAUGUUUCGUUUUGGGUUUUUUUGGCUGUUCUGGGAUCAGCUCGCCAACGACGCUGUAGUUAUGGGAGUGAGAAGAUCUGCUGUCACUCUCUGGGCUGCACUUUUAUUUUUAUUUAAACACGUUUUCAUCAUUUGUACUGUAUUUAGUCUUUUUUUUUUUUUUAAGAUUCAUUAAUACAUAUUCCACUUCUUUUAAUCAUGUUAUUUGCAGUAUACAUUCUAUGCAUUGCUAUCUUAUGUCUUUAUAACUCAAAAAAAAAAAAAUAGUAUGUUUCUGGUCAUUUGUGUAAUGCAACACUACAGUUUUGAUCCCCUGACCCCUGACCUCAACAAAUAAAACCCAGAUAUCUAUACGUGACUGACGCCGUCACUAGAAAUGUGCAAUAUUAUAGCAGAAACUGAAAAAUGCGUAUUUUUCACGUGUAUUAUAAUGUAAUGAAACAGGAAAUCAAAGAAUUACAGCUGCAUGAUUGCCUAAAGUACAUGUAUUUAUUGAGCUUAAUAUUUAAUAAUGUGUAACAGUAAAGUAAAAGUAAUUUUUUUAAGCAUUUGUUUUAUUUUGUAUUUACAUUAUUUCCCCCCCAAAAACCAUUUUUAUUCCUAAUACAUGUUUGAUAAUUCAGUUGCAUUUUCUCACCCUGAAAUAAAUGAAUAAAUAAAUAAAGACAGGUAGUAAAUGA